AUGAUCCCAGCAUUCGGCGACGAACACAAGCGCAAGAUCAACCUGGGCGGAAGCGGCGCGCUCUCCUCCUCAAGCGCGGCGGACAUCUUCUCGCGGGUGCAGGCUGAGCGGCAGGCGCGGCGGGAGGCGAAGCGGAGGGAGGCGGCGGCUGUGAGGGUUCAGGCUGUUUGGCGGGGACAGCUUGCGGUGCUGCUCUUGAGAGAGGUCGCGGAUUCGCCGCGAUCGGAUAAUGCGCGGGUGUAUCUCCAGGUGCUGAACAUGCUGCUUGCGCCGUCUGUUACUCAGACCGACAAGGCGGCGGAGGUGUGUAGAACGCUUACGGGGUAUCUCAUCGACCACGGAUUCUAUCCGUUCCUCGGGCGCGCAAUAGCUAACAUUCCUGUGUCGGCGAAAAACUCGCCGAGUCUUCCUGCACUUCUUGAGCUCGUGACUAUUCCGCUCUCGACUUUCCCCGCUCCCCCAUCUACGCAAACGCAACAGAAAACUACAACUACGUCAUCCACAGCUACAUCCGAAUCGAGACAAUGUGGGGAACAGGAACUGCAACACGCGUACAUACUUGCCUCCAUCUUCGCUUCCAUACUCACCAUCCCGCUCCUCCCGAACCGGCUCCCGCUUGAUUUGCUUGCGCGCUUCGUGCACAGUCUGCCGCUCGCUAGACUCGAUGCGCUCGAUCCGCUUCUGGGGGUUGUCCUUGCCCCUUCGCCUUCGCCUUCCCUCUCCUCUUCCCCUCCUCUCUCUCAAUCCCAGUCCGCGUCCCGUUCACAGGUAGAGCCCGCUGAGAGCACGAGCACGGGUAUACACCCGAUCCGUCCUUUAAGCGUAGAAGCCAAAGUACAUCUCGCAGCUACACUCUACACGUUCGUUGCGCCCAACUAUAAAGCGCUCCCGCCGCUUGCGAUGAGGACGUAUCUUGCGCUCGAGACGGGGUUGUUGGGGGCGUUUCCGGUGGGGUUGGUGUUGAGUGAGGAUGGGGGUGGUGGGGCGGGUGGAGAGGGUGGGAGUGGGGAGGGUAGCAAGGAGAAGGAGACGGAGGUGGGGAAGGAGAAGGGCAAAGCGAGUAAGAGGAGGAAGGUGAAAGGUGGUAGUGCUGGUGGAGACGGAGACGAACAGCGCAGUCGGAGCGCAUCGCGCGAUGCUCGCUCUCCCUCUGCCAUUCCACAGCCUACGCGCGUAACAGUCGUAUCCUCCUUCACACCCCAACACGAACACGAUACUCCUUCACCCUCAACCUCAACCGCACCACCAAAACCGAUAAUAAUAGACACCAAAACAUCAAAACGCCUCCUCAACCUCCGCGCACCUUCACAUCUUACGACCUUGCUGGGCGUAACGUAUGCGAAACGGGCGCUGUUUGAGGGGGUGGUGGAGUUUUUGUUUGCGUUGGGGAAUGCUUUUGGUGGGGUUGUGUAUGGUGGGGGUGGGGGUAAAGAUAAAGAUGGAGAGAGGGAGAGGGGUGUGGGUGGUGGGACGGGUGUAGGUGCGGGUGCGGGUGCGGGUGCGGGUGGAGAUGUGGAAGAACGUGUCCUCAGCGCUGUCCUAGCAGCUGGAGGAACAGGGGGAGGGGGAGGGGGAGCGGGAGGGAUUGUGAGAGCUCUAUACAGGGAUUUGGUACGCGGAUCUGUGUUGGGGAGGGAGGAAGGCGGGGUUGGUGUUUUGUUGGGGAGUUCUCUGAGGAGUACGGAAUACGAGGAGACGGUUGUGCUAUUCUGUGCCUCUGAUUCUGAUGCGUCUGCGGUAAUGGGCGGUUGA